UAGGUUUUUCUGUGUGUGUGUGUGUGUGUGUGUGUGUGUGUGUGUGUGUGUGCAUUCACGCAUCAGGGAUUUCAUUAUUUUUAGCAGCAGAUCCCGUGCAUCUUUAUGCUUUAAUAUUUUCAGGCUUCAGUAAUUACAGUAUAUAUAUGUAUCCCCCCACCUCCCAACUGCAAAUGCUUUUAUUUGUUAGGGAUUCUUUUCUUUGAUAAAGCUUGGAAAGUAAGAUUUAUCAGGGGGCUGAAAUCCAAAUCGCAGAGAGCACAAGAUUGAAAGAUGCACGUUUCCAUGCUGCCAAAUCCUUAUCUGGAAUCGGAGUCUUGUAAUAUUUGAUUUUCUCCCAAGCAGCUCUGGUGCGUCGAGCCACGAUCUGCGUUAUCCAUCUGCCUACUUUGGAGCAGGGCGCUUUACUAUUUGGCGGUUUAAAUGCUUUACGUUUUUGCCAGCGCGUUGAGAAAGGCUCUCGUGUUAAAUUAAGUCAAUUAAUAAAUGGAGACACAUUAAGCAAUCAAUUUUGUCAGCCUAUCUCCCCAGCAUUAUGUAUGGUUGGCUGUAAUCACAAGAUAAAUGCAAUGUGCUGAUCUAUGGUAAUGUUCAAUAAUACAUUCUCCGCCAGGCUCAAUUCAUCAGGGAGUUUCGGUAGGGGAGGCAUUUGUUAUUGGCUGUCUCUGCACCUCAAGGAUAACAUUUCUGUCCUUUUGAUUGGCCGCCUCACUGCUGCAAGAUUCUAACCGUCUUAUUUUGAUGAUGAAUAUGAAGGCACGCUAAGCCGGGCUGGAGCGGAGUGUCUCAGAGGCUGUGCUCCUUCCAGAGCCCAAGGACUUACCAGCUUCUGCCCGCUGCCUUCCUGUGCCAACAACCCCCCCAAAAGUUGUGAUGCUUUUCUUUACCCAGUGCUUUGGGGCUGUGUUAGAUCUCAUCCACCUCCGCUUUCAGCACUACAAGGCUAAACGGGUUUUCUCCGCCGCUGGGCAACUUGUCUGCGUUGUAAACCCCACGCACAACCUAAAGUAUGUGUCCAGCCGACGCGCCGUCACUCAGAGCGCACCAGAGCAAGGCGGCUUCCCCCCUCACCACCUCACCCACCACCACCGCCCCCACCGCCCCCACCACCACCUCCGCCACCACGCCCGCCCCCACCACCUCCGCCACCAGGAGGCGGGGCUGCACGCCGCCCAGGGGACACCCUGCAUGUGCCCCUUGUUCUCCUGCCAGUGGGAAGGCCACCUGGAGGUGGUGGUGCCCCACCUGCGGCAGAUGCACAGGGUUGACAUCCUCCAGGGAGCGGAGAUAGUCUUCCUGGCCACGGACAUGCACCUCCCCGCCCCAGCCGACUGGAUCAUCAUGCACUCCUGCCUCGGCCACCACUUCCUGCUGGUGCUCAGGAAACAGGAGAGGCACGAAGGGCACCCCCAGUUCUUUGCCACCAUGAUGCUGAUCGGGACCCCCACCCAGGCCGACUGCUUCACCUACCGCCUGGAGCUCAACAGAAACCACCGGCGUCUCAAGUGGGAGGCCACCCCCCGGUCCGUUCUCGAGUGCGUGGACUCGGUGAUCACCGAUGGGGACUGCCUCGUCCUCAACACCUCCCUGGCCCAGCUCUUCUCCGACAACGGCAGCCUCGCCAUCGGCAUCGCCAUCACCGCCGCCGAGGUCUGCUCCGCAGAAGCCGAGGUGUGAAGCCAGAGGCCAACGGACGUUCCCGCCCGGCCCCCCUCCGCCGAGACACUCUGCCUGUGGCCCUGGGAUCCCCGGUUGCCGGGACUCCAGGCUCCUUUUUAUUCUUCUCCCUCCUUCCCUCCCUUCUUUUUUUUUGUCUCAGGUACUUUGUGGUACUUAGUCUUUGUCUGCCAUGGGCAUUUUAGUAGGUAAACAUCCUGUGAUUCAAGACCUUGGUGUGAUGUUUGUCCUGAUUUGUCAGUAGAGUUUUCUAGAGCAUUUCUAAUCCACUUUGAUCGGGAGGGUUAUUUCCUGCCACCCCCAGGUCCCUCCUCUGCUGCUUCCCCAAUGAGCGAGAGCCACCGAGACCGCAAAGCGGACCGUUGGGGUUGAAAGGAGAUUUGGUGUCCCAAUCAUUUCUUCCUUCUCUUUUCAGUCUAUUUCGGACCAAGCCAACCCUGAACUGUGUGAGGACAGCAGGUUGGGGAAGGGGACCUGGCCAGCUCUGAGGUGUAUUCCAGACCAACCACACGCAACUCUGACAGCUUCCCGCGAACCUUAGGGUCAGGGCUAAGCUGCCUGGACACGAGGACGUGGCAUCACCUCUGAAGGCCAGGGAACCCGGGCUGGAGGUACCACGACGCCAUGAGCCCUCCGGUUUGAUCCUGGGGCUCGAGGGGGUGCACAGAUGCUGAACCCUCUGUUGGGUGGGCUGCUGUGGGCUUCCUGCCGGCCUGGGCCAUGGUUUCUUGCUCCGGAAUCAAAGUCCUCUUGUUUUUUGUGAUUUCAUGAAAACCUCUUUGCCCUCUGUGGAGCGAGUAAGAAAGAAUAGGCGAGAUGCAAGGGAAGGGAAGCAGCUGAGAAAACAAAAGAUAAAAUUAAUCUCCCAGCUCUGGGAGGGCGUUCUCUCUGUAGAGAGUUUUAUUAUCGAAUCAUAAAAUCCAUCGAUCCUUUCGCUAGGGUAGAACACUUUGGUGUCGUGCAAAGGACCCACUUGACUCUUGACAGUCAGUAAGGCGGAACCACGACUUAGCAUCAACCAUAAGGAAUUUGGAGGGUGUGCAGGGGACCUCUGACUUCCGGGGGGCAGAGGUCACUCGUACACCUAGGGCAGGGGAAAAGGGGUCCUCUUUCCUUACUUUCAAAGGGCUCCGAGGGCCCCAUUCCGCACACAAACGUUGUCGCUGGUCAACUAUUAUUCAGCGCCCUGUUGCAGCGUGAAUGAAAAGGUGACAAAAUCCAUCUUGCUUGUUGUUGCUUUCUCUUAUUUGCUUUCUCUUAUGGCUUGCUUGUAGACUGCUUUCUCUCAUUUGGCUGUCGCAACAAUUCAGCACCUUCUUGUGGAAGUCUCUCUCGUGUAGUUGAAGAAAGUACGCGUGUUUAAUUGACUUUGUCUCUUCUGUCCAAAGGUGAAUACCUUUCAGCCUUCCCAGUGGGCCCCUUCUCCCCGCUGUUUACUGUUUUGUUCUCUCCUUGGCUACUCUCCAGUCGCUGAAAAGCAUGGCGCCCAAACCCCACACAACGCUGAUUAGAAUUGAGUGGGCCUUCGGCCGCCCAGAGGUCGCUCAUUGCCCUACUCCCUCGGUGUCUUGGCUGCAUCCGAGCAGGCCUCCAAACGAGUCCUUAGUUUCAGACAGCUUGGCCUGGCAUCAGCAAGUCUUUCCCUCACCAAAAGUGUUGGAUCCUGAGACACAACACCCUUCUCCCCCCAAGUCGGUAUUCCUCCAGUCACCUAUUCUGCCAACCCACACCGCGAGCACCGGUCAAAUUUCAUAAUGCAACCCCCUCUAGUCACACAGCAAUCACUCAGACCCUGGGGCCAAACUUUUGUUAGGUUAGACCCUGAGGGGGCCCGUAAACAUCAUGUCGCUGACUGAGGCAAACAUCAGGUCACGGUCCCAAGGAAAGGGUUGUAACCUGUUUGCUCUAUCAGAAGAUCCUUCCAGGACUCCAGCUCUCCCCUCGGGCCACACAGCCCAGGAAUCAAGCUGAGGCUGGUUGGCCGGUGCUGGGAGAGACUAGCCCGCUUGGCUCCUUCCUUUAUUCCCAGGUCCUUCCUCCAAACCUCAGAUCCCCUUGCCUGUAAGUUUGACACCUCGGGAAGCCACAGUCCCUCCCCGGGUUUCCGAUACUCAACUACUCUGAAACAUUUAUUGUAGCCUCACAGGUGCCCCAGGUACACAAACAAACAAAACCUCAACAAGAAUAUAAUUACAGUUCACAGGGGCCUUAGGAUUCCGGCAAACAUCACCUCUGCCUUCUUGUCGGGCUGUUACCUGAGCCAGACUAGGAAUAACUUCAGGUGAUUAUUAUUGUACACAAGACUGUAUUAUGAAUAAGUGACCCCAGAUAGGAACUGGUAUUUGGGUUCCUAGGAAUGUUUAGAAUUAAGGGUAGAAAUGUUUUCUUUGCAUCCAUCUAUGGUGCUCCCAAGAAGGCCUGCCUCUCCAUAUCCAGAUGUUGAGGAAUUGAAGAAAAGAGAGCAAACAAAAAGAUAAUAGAGAAUUGAAAACGAUACGAACAAAGUGUGUGGUGUUGAGCUUUAUAGCCACAAAGGGCCCCCUCGUUUGAAUCUCGGGUUAAUCCUUAUUGGCAUCCUCGAUAGACCAGAAAAAAUUAGAGAUCCUGAGACACGAAAUGACCUUCCCAAGGUCACACGUCAAGUGGGUGGGACCAUGACUAGAACCUAGCCAACUGCCUACAGAUUUGGUAUUCUUGAAAAAGAAAGACCGACCCCAAAUAUUCAGCAGUAUUCCCGCCUCAUCAGUGGACUGUGGGCCUGAGGGUCAACUGGGUCUUGGCUCUGGGAUACCUGAGGGAUCAGGGAGAGAGAGAGACUGGAGUGGAUUUGCUUUUAGAUGGCAGCCCAACUUGAAGAAGUGGUCAACCUGGAAGCAGGGGAUGGGGUGGUGGGAGUGAGAACUGGCUGUGGAGUCUUCGGGAUCAUUACCUACUCCAGGGUCCUCUUUCUUGGAUUUCCAGGAAUCUGUCCAGUGAAUAGCCCGGGGAUCCUGUUGCCUCACUGACACCCAGGUGCUGACUUAAUGACUCAACCUGCUAAGGAGUGUCUGCAUGUUAAAAGCCUAGGGAGAAAGCCACACUUACAGCGAGAAAUGAGUUACCAGUAUUUCAAUUUCAGGCAUUUGUGAGAAUGAUUCUUUCAGGAGGUGUGGAUAUUCCUCCCCUUGAGGGAGGCCUACAUAAAUGGUGGAUGCUGAAACGGAGGUCAGGCCAUACAAAGCAGAUUAUCUUUCACAGUCUUUGCCUGAACCUACAUCUGAGAUAGAUCCCAUCGCUACCCAUGGCUACCUGGGACAUUUUAAAUGUUUUUAUUUAUUUUUGAAGGAGAGAGAGAGACAGACAGAGCAUGAACGGGGGAGGAACAGAGAGACAGGGAGACACAGAAUCGGAAGCAGGCUCCAGGCUCUGAGCUGUCAGCACAGAGCCCGAGGCGGGGCUCGAACCCACAGACUGUGAGAUCAUGACCUGAGCCGAAGCCGGACGCUCAACGGACUGAGCCACCCAGGCGCCUACCUGGGACAUUUUAGAAAGGGGCCAGGUUAAUAACAAUACCCAUGGCUACCAUUUAUUGGGGGUUUGCGACCCAGUAGGUUGACUAUGUUGAAUAUAGUAUCUCAUUUCAUCCCAUAACAGCCUUAUGAAAUGGGUACCGUUAUUGCAUCCAUGAGAAAUCUAAAGCUGAGAGAGUUAGGACCUUGUUUAAGGCCACACGGCUAGCAAAUGGUAGAGCUGGGUCUGGAGCCCACGGGUCUUGCUCCCAAGUCCAGGCUGCUUCUGAUUAAUAACAACUUGUGCUAUUUCUAGGAAUUCUCGGACCCAAGGGUCAGAAACUCUGAAUGGCCGAGAGGCCUUUUAGUACUAAUUGUGCCCUUUGAUUUCUCCUUUUCCGCCUGCUUUUCCCAGCCCAAGACAGGCUGGUGUGCUAGAGCUGCUUUAGAUACCAGUUGUUACACGUUUUAGGAAUUCUGCGAGCUGAUUAAGCACAGCCGUUACUAAAAAUUAAAUCGUCAACGUACAAUUGGUUAUAUUAAAAACAAAAGUUAACAAAUACUAAAAACUCAGCACUUCCUAAUUAUUUCAGGACUCUAUUAUUUUCUGUGCUCUUUAGAUAUGUAGAUGUAUAGAUUCUUGACAUCUAUCGUAACUGUAUGGUGAACACAGUACACGCUGACGGGCUACCAACCCCCCUUCAACCAAGUGACGUCACAGCCAUAGCUUGAAAUUGGCCGUGGUGGUAGUGUUUACACCACUGGCAACUGUCAAGAGCUAUAAGCCAGGACCUUUCCCCCUAGGAGAACUAGAUGUUAAACGUUUACCAGCCCACCACUGCCAAGACAUCUCGGAUGCACACAGCAUUGUGGAGGAGAGGGGACUUUGCAAGGAGAAGCAAAAUCCUAUUGGCCACACCGACAGAGACACAGGUUACGGUCAAGCUAGCCGAACAGCCAAUUAUUGGGAAAACACAAAAUAUUCUGUAGAAGGGAGUCCGGGGCUUCUAAGCAACUUCAAGCACAUUCCCUGCCCUACCUACUCCAGACCUUGCACUAUUGCUCUUGGUGCAGGAAGUCCUACCUGAUGAAUUUCAUGGAAAAGUCACGGCUCCUCAGAACUAGCCUAUUGGCCGCCCCAAUCUGCAAAAUGAAAUCAAGCUCUAAGAGACUGGGAUAUCCUGUUGCUUGUUCUUACGGGUCAUGUUUCUUAUCUCUACCUGUGGACUAAAACCUCAUCGAAAGCAAUAGUUUACUUUGAAACACACACACACACACACACACACACACACACACACACACACUGAAAUUAGUGAUUGGAAAUAUCCCACAUCUGAGAUGGGCACCGUGAGCAGUGGUUUCAAACGUCACAUAAAGUCUGUUACCAUCAAAAUAGGACCCUUGCACAGCAUAGCGCAAAGCUGAGAGACAGAAAAGGUAACGAGUCAAGGGAUACCACGUGAAGAACAGAGAGCCCCCAGCACCUUACUUUCCUGCUCUGGCUGUUUCUCUCCACUGCAUCCCAACAAAGGAUCCUGUUCACAAUCUACAGCCUACUCUAACCAAUACUCUUUCCAAAUUAAAGGCAUGGUUCCCGCUAGGAUAAAAGUCACAGGGAACUCCAGGCUGAGUGUCUGGAAGCAGGCAGAAUGUCAAGGUCAACAGGGAGUCAGUUACACUGAUUCCAGUGAUUUCGGCGUGAGGGAUGGAAGAAAUGAGGGUUGCUGCAGCUUCCACCUGGAUCCAACUUCUGGUGGAAAGGGAAGGGACUAUGGACCAAACAUCACAAAACUAUGCUUCGAUUAAAAGGUCAGCUACAAAUAGCAUCGAAAGUAGAGUCUCCCAAUAGAUUGCUAGGCUUUCAGAUUAUUUGUUCUGAAGAUCUGCUUCCAAGAACUAGUGAGUUCUCUGUUGUGCUCACCUGGAGAAUGGCCAGCCAAGAAAAACCUCACUGAAAAGAGAUCCAAGAGAUCUGUUGUAGAUAAGCAUUGAUUCUAUAUUCCUUCCCACAUCAGGUUAUCACAUGGGUUAUCUACAUGGGUUAGAGUUUGUCUUUUCCAAUACUGUAUGAAAAUAUUUUACCUUGAGUACUAUACAAUACACACUCCCCUCUCUUUUUUUUUUUAACCUUUUUUUAAGGCAUUGAGAUAAGAAAGAGAAAUUGAGAAUCAUUUUACUUAUCCUGAAUUGAUGUAUACAUAUACUUUUCUAGGCUUUCUUAUGGUGUUAAAGACAGCAAGAAGCAAACGUAGAAUGAACGUUACUUUAUCUCUACCCUGUCUCCCAUGAAACGUGUCAUUAAAUUGCAUUUGAUACUGUUUCCUUGA